AUGGCGCACGCUGGCGGCGGCGGCGGCGGCGGCGGCGGAGGCGGCGGCCCCGCGGGCCGGGGGCUGAGCGGCGCCCGCUGGGGUCGCUCGGGCUCUGCGGGCCACGAGAAGCUGCCGGUGCACGUGGAGGACGCCCUCACCUACCUGGACCAGGUGAAGAUCCGCUUCGGCAGCGACCCUGCCACUUACAAUGGUUUCCUGGAGAUCAUGAAGGAGUUCAAAAGCCAGAGCAUCGAUACUCCUGGAGUCAUCCGACGAGUGUCGCAGCUCUUCCACGAACACCCUGACCUGAUUGUUGGAUUCAACGCUUUCCUCCCUCUCGGGUACAGAAUAGACAUUCCCAAGAACGGCAAGUUAAACAUACAGUCGCCUCUGUCGAGCCAGGAGAAUUCACACAACCACAGCGACUGUACAGAGAACGUCAAGCAGCAGAUGCUAUAUAAGGAGGACAAACCGCAGGUGCCCUUGGAGUCAGAUUCUGUGGAAUUCAACAACGCCAUCAGCUACGUGAACAAGAUUAAGACCCGCUUUCUAGAUCACCCAGAAAUCUACAGGUCAUUCCUGGAGAUACUGCACACUUACCAGAAGGAGCAGCUGAGCACGAAGGGCCGUCCGUUCCGAGGCAUGUCUGAAGAGGAGGUGUUCACCGAGGUGGCCAACCUCUUCCGCGGCCAGGAGGACCUGCUCUCCGAGUUUGGACAGUUCCUGCCCGAAGCCAAGCGGUCCCUGUUCACAGGAAAUGGGCCGUGCGAAAUGAACAGUGUCCAAAAGAGUGAGCACGAGAAGAAUCUGGAACACAGCAAAAAGCGCUCUCGGCCCUCACUCCUCCGUCCCGUGUCUGCACCAGCCAAGAAGAAAAUGAAACUCCGUGGUACCAAAGACCUGUCCAUCGCCACCGUGGGGAAGUACGGGACUCUGCAGGAGUUCUCCUUCUUUGACAAGGUGCGCAGGGUGCUGAAGAGCCAGGAGGUCUACGAGAACUUCCUCCGCUGCAUCGCGCUCUUCAACCAGGAGCUUGUGUCCGGCUCUGAGCUCCUCCAGCUGGUCAGCCCAUUUCUAGGGAAAUUUCCAGAACUCUUUGCACAGUUCAAGUCCUUCCUGGGGGUGAAAGAGCUGUCCUUCGCCCCACCCAUGAGUGACAGAUCCGGGGAUGGAAUAAGCCGGGAAAUCGACUACGCCUCAUGCAAGCGCAUCGGAUCCAGCUACCGGGCGCUCCCCAAAACCUACCAGCAGCCCAAGUGCAGCGGGAGGACGGCCAUCUGCAAGGAGGUACUGAACGACACCUGGGUGUCCUUCCCCUCCUGGUCAGAGGACUCCACCUUCGUCAGCUCCAAGAAGACGCCCUACGAGGAGCAGCUGCACCGCUGUGAGGAUGAGCGUUUCGAGUUAGAUGUUGUCCUGGAGACCAACCUGGCCACGAUCCGGGUGUUGGAAAGCGUGCAGAAGAAGCUCUCCCGGAUGGCGCCGGAAGACCAGGAGAAGUUCCGGCUGGACGACUGUCUGGGGGGCACGUCGGAGGUGAUCCAGCGCCGCGCCAUCCACCGCAUUUAUGGCGACAAGGCUCCGGAGAUCAUUGAGAGCCUCAAGAAGAACCCUGUCACCGCUGUCCCCGUCGUCCUGAAAAGGCUGAAGGCCAAAGAGGAGGAGUGGCGGGAGGCCCAGCAGGGCUUCAACAAGAUCUGGCGGGAGCAGUAUGAGAAGGCGUACCUCAAGUCCCUGGACCACCAGGCCGUGAACUUCAAGCAGAAUGACACCAAGGCCCUUCGCUCCAAGAGCUUGCUCAAUGAGAUUGAGAGCGUCUAUGACGAGCACCAGGAGCAGCACUCGGAGGGCCGCAGCGCCCCCUCCAGCGAGCCACACCUCAUCUUCGUAUACGAGGACCGGCAGAUCCUGGAGGACGCGGCCGCCCUCAUCAGCUACUACGUGAAGCGGCAGCCGGCCAUCCAGAAGGAGGACCAGGGCACCAUCCACCAGCUGGUGCACCAGUUCGUGCCCAGCCUCUUCUUCUCCCAGCAGCUGGACCUGGGCGCGUCCGAGGACUCCGCCGAUGAGGGCCGGGGGAGCCCCCAGGGGCAGAGUGCAGACCCUGGUGACCGGAAGAAGCCAGCGCCCGGACCGCAGAGCAGCGCCCCGGAGGAGAAGGGGGCCUCGGGCGAGGCGCCGGCCACAGAGCAGCAGCCGCCGCAGCACAAGCCCCUGGACGACGUCUACAGCCUCUUCUUCGCCAACAACAACUGGUAUUUCUUCCUGCGCCUCCAUCAGACCCUGUGCUCCAGGCUUCUGAAGAUCUACCGCCAGGCACAGAAGCAGCUCCUGGAGUACCGGACGGAGAAGGAAAGGGAGAAACUGCUCUGCGAGGGCCGCCGGGAGAAGGGCAACGACCCCGCCAUGGAGCUGCGGCUGAAGCAGCCAAGUGAGGUGGAGCUGGAGGAAUACUACCCGGCCUUCCUGGACAUGGUGCGGAGCCUGCUGGAGGGCAGUAUCGACCCCACGCAGUAUGAGGACACCCUGCGCGAGAUGUUCACCAUCCACGCCUACGUGGGCUUCACCAUGGACAAGCUGGUGCAGAGCAUCGCCCGGCAGCUGCACCACCUCGUGAGCGACGAUGUCUGUCUGAAGGUGGUGGAGCUCUACCUGAACGAGAAGAAGCGGGGCGCUGCCGGCGGGAACCUGUCCUCCCGCUGUGUCCGCGCCGCCAGGGAGACCAGCUAUCAGUGGAAGGCCGAGCGGUGCAUGGCUGACGAGAACUGCUUUAAGGUGAUGUUCCUCCAGCGCAAAGGGCAGGUGAUCAUGACCAUUGAGCUCCUGGACACCGAGGAAGCCCAGACAGAGGACCCACUAGAGGUGCAGCACCUGGCUCGGUACGUGGAGCAGUACGUGGGGACCGAGGGUGCGUCCAGCUCGCCCACCGAGGGCUUCCUCCUGAAGCCUGUGUUCCUGCAGAGGCAUCUUCCCAGUGUUGCUGGGCCACGAGGACCUUCUAGUCUGCAAAUCCUCCUCGCCCCCAGGAACCUCAAGAAGUUCCGCAGGUGGCAGUGUGAGCAGGUGCGCGCGCUGCGAGGUGAAGCCAAGAGCUCCUGGAAGCGGCUGGUCGGGGUAGAGAGCGCCUGCAACGUGGACUGCCGCUUCAAACUCAGCACCCACAAGAUGAUGUUCAUCGUGAACUCCGAGGACUACAUGUACCGCCGUGGGACGCUCGGCCGGGCCAAGCAGGUGCAGCCCCUGGUCCUGCUGCGCCACCACCAGCACUUCGAGGAGUGGCACAGCCGCUGGCUGGAGGACAACGUGCCGGUGGAGGCAGCCAGCCUGGUGCAGGACUGGCUGAUGGGCGAGGAGGACGAGGACAUGGUGCCCUGCAAGACGCUCUGCGAGACGGCUCACGUGCACGGGCUGCCGGUGACCCGCUACCGAGUGCAGUACAGCCGCCGCCCGGCCUCGCCCUGACGCUCCCACACGGGCACCACGACUCGCACUUAGUGCAGUUGCUUCCUCGGCCUGUGUGCCCAUCGGGCGUUUUCAUGAACAGUGUGAGGGGAGCAGAGCGUCCCCCAGCCUUGCUGCUAUGGGCUGUGAGCUCCAGAGAAGGGCGGGUUGUGUCGGCUCUCGGCCCCACGCUGCCAUCCCUCUUGGCUUCCCCGCUUCCUUUGGGCCCGUCCUGUGCCAGACGUAAAGCACUCCCCGCACUUGAACUCUAGGGGCUCAGUCCCCACUGGAAGGGGGAGAAGCAGUGCACCGCUCAAGGCACAAGUGAGUGCGCUCACAUGCCUGCUGGGCUACUCCCGUCACACAUGCCAAAUCCCCAGGCUUGGGCACCACUGGUCCUUUCCUGCGUAUGGUGAAAGUGGGUGGAGAGCCGCGCGAGGGCUCACGUUCGAGGGCUCACGUUCAGGAGGGGUCAGCGUUUGAGGGUCCCUGACGUCGGAGGAGUCGGGCCCAGGUGGACUUGCUUGAAAAGCAUGUCCUUCCCAGGCUUCUAGAAACAUUUCCCAAGCUGGGCAACAGCCUGCAUCUGACAGUUCGGGCAUCGGCUUGGCCCAGCGGGUGCCUGCCUGGGGUCCUCAGUCACUUCGGAAGUGAGAAGAGCCCUUUCAGCCAGACUGUUGGGAUCCUGCUUUGACAUCCAGACAGAGUGGGCAGGCGGCACCAGAACUGGCCAGAAGACCCUGCUCUGGAAAAAAAGAGACUCAAACCCCAUGUUGAUCCGACAGCUGGACUCUGGGCACGUGAGGGGAGGGGGCCUGGCCUGUCGCACCCGCUGAGCUCGAGUGGUCCCACCCUGGGAGGGCCCUGGGGUGCGGUUGUGUACCUAAGAUGGACAUUCUAGAAGUAUAUAUAUGCACACAUAUUUAUUCCUUUAUGCUCUCUUAGUGGUUGUAAGUUCUACAACGGCCAAGUCCCACGGCCUCUCUGGGGGUGACAGCCCUCUUCGUGGACUUCUGCAUACCCACCCCAACGCCUCCAUUCCGGCAGCCACCCCCCGGGGCGGGUAUGGUGUGAGAGGCAAAAGCUUCUGUGCCAAGAAUGCCAAGCAGUUUGGGCUAGGAGCCAGCCUUUUGAACUUCCGGCACCACGAGAAGCUCUGGCCGGGCCCCUGACACCAUCAGCGAGUGGGCUCCACUGACCCGUGGGCCUGGAAGAGCCCCCGUGCAGCUGCCUCUGCCAGCCGCAGCCCUUGCCUUCCUGCAGCUGAGCUGUGCCAAACACCCAAGGUUCCGGGAAUUGGAGACGUGUUUCUAGAAGUUUACCUGUGGAACUCGAGGUUUGCAAAGCCUGUGACUCCAGGCCUGGGCAAUUCCAAGGCCAACCUGUCCCACCUGGGUGUCUCCUCACCCGUGUUUUCUCACGUGUAAUCCAUGCACUUUGUACGCAUCCUUGUUUUAUAAGAAGGAAACUUACCAGAAUUCCUGAACCAGACCCUCCCGGCAGCCGUCCUCCUCGGGAGCCCGCAGCCCCUCCCGUGCCUCUGCGUGGGCCUGGGGUGCGGGCCGUACCCCACCAAGCCCCCCAUCCUGCAUGCUUCUAGCGAGCAUCUCUUCUGGUUUUGAAGAAUUUCUGUUCUGGGGCUUGUACUUCCUUUGCAGCUGUUUUGAAUGUAGUUUUCCUUUUCUAUUUAUUUGCACAUUAAAGCUAAAAAUUAAAUAUUGAUCUAAA